AUGGCGGCUCCCAUGGCCGCGGCCGCCGCCCGGGCCGUGCUCUGGGCCGUCGGUGCCGCCGCGGCGGGGCCGCUCCGGCUGGGAGCAGGUGCGCUGGGGCCGCGGGCGUACUCUGAGGGUGACCGGAUCCGGGAGGUAGCGGGCGGGAAUCCGGGGCCGGCCGAGAGGCCUUGCGCUCGCAUCCCGGGGAGCCGCUGGAGCGGGCGCGGCUCGGCGCUGGGCAGGAUCCUGAGUAUUCCCAAGCGCUGGAGCGGGAGCAGCUCGGCGCUGGGCAGGAUCCUGGGCAUCCCCGCCGAGGCCGCGCCCGCCGCUCUGGGCCAGCACCCGCCGCCCGUGGCCACCGACAAAGAGGAGCAGAAGCGUCUCCUGGAGAAUCGGCCCGACCAGCCCCAGAACCCCAAGGUGCUGAGAAUCGCCAUCAUCGGCGCUCCCAACGCCGGGAAAUCCACGCUCUCCAACCAGCUCCUGGGCAGGAAGGUUUUCCCAGUCUCCAAGAAGGUCCACACCACCCGCUGUAAGGCCCGGGGUGUCAUCACACACGAGGACACGCAGCUGAUCAUUCUGGACACGCCUGGCCUCACUAACCCCUUAAAAGCCAGAAGGCAUAAUUUAGAUGAAACCAUGCUGACAGACCCGUGGGACAGCAUGAAACAUGCAGAUUUAGUCCUGGUUCUGGUGGACGUGUCGGAUCACUGGACACGGAACUCUCUGAGCAAGGAGGUGCUGAAGUGCCUGUCUCAGUUUCCCCACAUCCCCAGUGUCCUGGUCCUGAACAAGGUGGACAUACUAAAGAAGAAGUUUCUCCUGCUGGAAAUAAUAACUGACCUGACAGAGGGAAUUGUAAAUGGAAAGAAACUGGGAGUGAAAUCUGCAGUUAAACAGGAUUCCAGUUCUUCAGCAAAGUCUCCCCUUCGUAUCACACAGACUUCUCCACCUGAAAGCAAGGUCCCAGGGCCUCCCUUUGGGCAGGAAAAGAAUCAGGCCCAGGAGGGCUCUGGUUUGGACAAGAGCAGUGAUGUUGGGGGUGCUGGCACAGGGGAAGCCCAUGAACCCGAGGAUCUAAAAGAUACGAAAGGAUGGCCACACUUCCAGGAGAUCUUCAUGCUGGCAGCUCUCCAUGGGGAGGAGGUGGAUACACUCAAGAGGUACCUCCUGAUGCAAGCCAAGCCAGGCCCUUGGGAAUUCCACAGCAAUGUGCUGACCAGCCAGUCUCCUCAAGAGAUCUGUGACAAUAUCAUCAGGGAAAAGGUCCUGGAGUACCUGCCCCUGGAAGUGCCUUAUGGAGUGACUCAGGUGACGGAGAUAUGGGAGGAAGGAGAAUGUGGGGAGCUCCUCAUCAUGCAGAGCCUCCUGGUGCCAAGGGAGUCUCAUAAGAGGAUGUUGAUUGGAAGAGGAGGAAAGGUCAUCAGCAGGAUUGCUCGCGAGGCUGGCCAGGACCUGAUGAAUGUUUUCCUGUGUGAUGUCCGUCUGAAGCUCAAGGUGGAGGUGAAGAGUUGAGCACUUGGUGUGUUUCAACAGCCCUUGAACUCUCUGAUCAUGUGGAGAAACCAGUCCUUGGGGUCCUUGGCACCUUUCUUCAAUCCAGAAAUAGAGGAUGAUGGAAUCACUACAAUGGGCUGAAGUGGAAUAUAUUAUUCUUUGGGGGAACAGCCCAAAUGGAAAUUAAAUCUCCAGAUCUUCUAUGGCAUCUGAACUGGGGACAGAUGCUGGAGAAUCAGCUGUACCCAUGAUUUUGGUACUGCAUUUCCACAGCUGCCACCCACUUUUGGGCUGUGUCUCAUGUCCUUGCUCUCAGGUGUUUGUACGUAGAAGUUUGGGAGCAUCUCCUGCCUUGUGGCAAACAAAGGUUCACAGUGAAGGAUUAUCAGCACAUUUGUAAUCUCUUCUGUAGGCUAAAUCAUGGUCACACAGGAGGAUGAGGCCACCCCAGCCCAUCUGAUGGUCUCAUGUUGACUUUUCUCCCUGCCUUGUUGAAAUUGGUGGGUGUAGGGAGCCAGUUUUAGGGGUUUGCUGUCAGCUGGAACACCUGUAAUGCCUGACAGGCUUAUCUGUCAUGCAAAACCAGCAUGGACCCACUUUUUAGGAAUUCAAGUAAUUUAUUGCAUCAUCUCGCUCUUUGCACCAGACUCAGAGAUAUAAACACAGAAGGUGUUGCAGCUGAAGAAAACCCCAAAGUGGGAAGAGCAGCAGGUUCUGCAGCUCAGGUAUAAGAGAGCACCUGGCGCAGGUGAGGCUGGAGGAAUAGGGCUGGCUCUGCAGGGCCCUUGGCAUGGUGGAGCUUGGCACCACAUGUGUGUGCCUGGACCUGGUGUCUGGGGUUUGUUUUGUCUCUUUUGUCAGACAUUUGGAGCACUCGGUACCUUCCUGCCAGAAAUCCAGGUAAAUAUCCACGUGCAGUUAUAAAUUAACAUCCCUGAGGGAAGGAAAACCCAGUAGUGAAGAGAUUGGGAAGGGUCUGGAAUCCAAAACUGCUCAGCCCCUUGUCCCUCUCUGAUGCACUGUGAAAGAAAUGUUUUACCCUUCUGCCAAGGAAUUCUAUCUGGAAUGUGAGAUCAACUGAAAACUGGGUUGGGAAAUCUCCACGGAGUGUUCUUCCUUGUUUCCCAGUAGCAGGGGGUGCUGUGGUCCCUUGAAUGCUGCUGUCCAUCUUUUGUAUUUCCCUUGCAAUAAAGAGAGGUCCCAGCA